GGGCAGGGUGGCAAGAUGGCGGUCCCUGCCUUUGCCCGUGCCGUGAGAGCCGCAUCAGGACUCUUACAGCCCCUAAAUACUUUGGCGUCUUCCGCCUACCAAAACGGUGUCAAGAAUGCCUGUCUUAGUUCUGCACUGUCCACCCGGCUUUUUAGUUCUCUGCAGACGCCAGUUGUUUCCUCUGCUCCCAGACUUGCCAUGUCUGUCAGAAACCUGAUGUGUGGACAUGCUGCAGCAGUCCUCAAUAGAGCAGCUCCCUUGCUUCCAAAUGUCCUGAAGCUACCAGUCAGAACCAUAACAUACUUCAGUUCACGGAAAGGGAAGAGAAAGACCGUGAAAGCUGUCAUCUACAGGUUUCUUCGACUUCAUUCUGGCCUGUGGCUAAGGAGGAAGGCUGGUUAUAAGAAAAAAUUAUGGAAAAAGACGACUGCAAGAAAAAGGCGCCUGAGGGAAUUCGUGUUCUGCAGUAAAACCCAGAGUAAGCUCUUAGAUAAAAUGACAACGUCUUUCUGGAAGAGGCGAAACUGGUAUGCUGAUGAUCCUUAUCAGAAGUACCAUGAUCGGACGAACCUGAAGGUAUAGAUCCGAAGUUUUACGACCUCCCGGUGACUGAACAUGUAUCUUUGUGUAUAUGAUGCCUUUGCAAAAAUGAAUAAGUAUAUAACCUGAUGUAAAUCGUGACAGUUGGUAUGGAAACACAGCUCCAACAUUAAACUUGAAUGUUUUAAAACUCAA